UAGAGCUGCUCGUAGUGGAGGGAAGUGGCUAGCUUCGUUAGCUCCGUUAGCUCCGUGUGUUCGUAGGAUAGUUUACCGUAGUUACCGUAUUUGCGUCUUCGGCUUUUCCCAUCAUGGCGUACCAGCUGUACAGGAACACCACUCUGGGAAACAGCCUGCAGGAGAGUCUGGACGAGCUCAUACAGACUCAGCAGAUCACUCCUCAGCUGGCUCUACAGGUCCUCCUUCAGUUUGAUAAAGCCAUCAACACAGCGCUCGCCAACAGAGUCCGCAACAGAGUCAACUUCAGGGGCUCUCUGAACACCUACAGGUUCUGUGACAACGUGUGGACGUUUGUUCUGAACGAUGUAGAGUUCAGAGAGGUGACCGACCUGGUCAAGGUCGACAAGGUCAAGAUUGUUGCCUGUGACGGAAAGAGUGAGUCGACCCAGAACAAAACUGACAAAUGACUCAGGCUCCAACGCGGCAGAGUGACGACUCCUCACCUGUUUCACUGUCGUCGGAGCCACAGAUGGACCUGGACUGUACAUAUAAUUUAUUACAGCAGAGUCACGGCUGAGAACUGAGAGUGUGUGUGGGUGUGUGUGUGUGUGAGUGUGUGUCAGAGUGGACCAGUCACUGUACCUUCAGCAGUUUGUUUUUAUUAUCAGUUUACAGGAGUUUGUGUUCAGUUUGCUGUAUAUUUGAGCUGGAUCAUCUUUAAUAAAAACUUUAUU